GUGGACUUAACUUACUUACUAUAGUACUACUACUAUUAACUCACUCACUACUAGCCUAUACUAUUACUACUAUACUACUCUGUGGCUGUGCAAUGAAUUGAAUGAAUGAUAGUAGUGAGUGAGUUGCAGCAAACUCAACCACACAGACAGACACAAAAGGGCAAGUGCUCAGAGAAAAAGCUCACACACUCUGCGAUGGGACUCUACACUUAAAUUGGAGCAACAGCCUUGGGAGAGAGAUAAAGACAAGGGGGGCAUGGCGGCGUUUGCAGUGCCUUCCUUUAUCAUUCUUUCUUUUUUUUAUUAAUUCACAAUUAAUGUCUGUUAUUGUUAUCGCUGCUAUAGCUAGAACAUCAAGAAGUGGAAGCGAUACAGAAAAAAUGCGUUCAAUGCGUGAUUAACGCUUCGCUUCCCCUAUUACACUGUUUCUCAACAAACCAAACCUUCCAAUUUACUCCACCAUUUCCCUAACCAUACCACUACUAGUACAGUAUAGUACAACUACAAUUCAACACAAAUACACACAAAAAAAGGAGACAUAACCGCACAAAACCUGUUGAAUUUCAACAAAAUUUUCAUCUACUUAACUCGGUUUCGUUUUUUCACUCUCAAUUUUCUCAACCCUAAUUUAAGGAAGAAUUUUAGUAGUUAGAGAGUGGUAGAUGCAGGCUUAAAUUUUAAUUGUGUCAAUACUAAUAGUAUUUCGAGCUGUUUAAUUUGGGUGGUUCCUUACCCAUACAAUAAGUAGAGCCAUCCUAGUUUUGGGGCUUGAUAUGGAUUGUGAGAAUAUUGAAGUGAGAGAAGAAUGGCGGGUUUAUUCUCACUAGGUGGUGGUGGCGGAAGAGGGAACGACGCGGAAGAUCAACAGCAUCACCAUCAACAGAACGAGAUUCCUCCUCCUCCUGAUAGCAGCUUAUUCUGGUACAGCAAUAAGAAUCAUGACGACGUCGUUUCCUCUUCUUACAGAGGCUUUGAGAUAUGGAACCAGCAGCAGCAACAUCUGGUCCCUGCUCAGCCGCAACCACGUGCUUUCUUCCAACAAGCUGAUCUGUACACCUCCGCCGCGGCGCUAGGUGUUGGGCCGUCGGAGGCGUCGAGAUCGGGGAAGAGCGGCGGAAGUGGAGGUGGAGGAGGAGGGGCGAGCUGUCAGGACUGCGGGAACCAGGCGAAGAAGGAUUGCCCUCAUGUGAGGUGCAGAACUUGCUGCAAGAGCCGAGGGUUUGAUUGCCAAACGCAUCUCAAGAGCACUUGGGUUCCCGCUUCGAAACGCCGCGAAAGACAACAACAGCAGCAGCAGCAGCUUGUUCCUACAAGGCAGCAGAGAGAUCAUGGUCAUAACGUUCACAACCCCACCUCUUCAUCACUCGCUUGCACUCUUCUGCCUCCAAACCCUUCACACUCAGGAGGGUUAGAGGAGGUGAAUUUCCCUGCUGUGGUGAGCACUCCGGCGGAGUUCAAGUGUGUGCGGGUUAGCUCCGUGGAUGAGGCGGAUGAGGAGUACGCUUACUCAACGGCUGUCAACAUUGGAGGCCAUGUCUUCAGAGGAAUUCUCUAUGACCAUGGGCCAGACGGCAAUAGUUACACGGCUGCCGGAGCUGGGAGCAGCUCCUCCACCGGUGGUGGGGUGGUUCAGCCAUUGAACCUUAUUUCAGCUGCCGGGAACACCACUGCUGUUGGGGCAAUUGUCGAUCCUUCUUCCUUGUAUCCGGCUCCCCUUAACGCAUUCAUGCCUGCUAGUGGUACGCAAUUCUUCCCCCACCCAAGACCUUGAACAAAACAAUGAAAAAACCUCAAAGAAAACAAAAACAAUGAUGUUUUGUUUUGUUUUAUUUUGUUUCAUGUCAUUAAUUGUUUUGGUGUAUUCCCUCCCUAGUUAUCAUUCUUCUACGCCCCCCCUCCCACCAUCUGUUUUUGUUUUUCUUCUGCCAUUUCAUGAUCUUGUAGUGAAUUAGCAUUAUUUAAUAAAUUUGAUACGUAUUUAAGUAGGA